CCUCUUCUCUUACUGACUCUCAAUCCUACUCUGGCAUCCAGCCAUUUCGCCCGACACUUUUUCGUGGUCAGAGUCUUUUGCAUCCGCCAGAAAUGGGUGCUGCAAAGAAACCUGUCAACAUUUUCAAGCUCAACCGGGGCGAUGACCCAAAGGAAGUGCUUAACUGGAGGCUAUGGUUCGCCGUCUUCUCCUUCGGUAUUAUGGGUGCAGCGAGAGGUAUAGAUGAAGGUCUGAUCUCAGGAACAUUCAAUACCAAGCACUUUCAGAACAUUCUCCAUCUCGAUGAGCUCGACGAUGUAACUUAUGCCAAUGUCAAGGGCAACGUCUCUGCCAUGGUGCAGAUUGGAUCUGUUGCUGGCGCUCUCCUCGCUUUCCUCGUCGCCGACCGCAUUGGCCGUCUGUGGGCCACCCGCCAGCUUUGCAUCGUCUGGAUUCUAGGCAUCAUCAUCUUUCUGACCAACAAUGGCCGUCUCGGUCAAGUCUAUGCAGGCAGGUUCAUUGCAGGCAUCGGCAUCGGAGAAACGACCGUGAUAGCUCCAGUAUACAUUGCUGAGAUAUCACCCAAAGCCGUCCGUGGCCUCUGUACUUGCGUUUUUGCAGGUGCAGUUUACAUCGGCAUCAUGCUUGCCUAUUUCACCACAUGGGGCAGCUCUCUCCAUAUCGACCAGUACACCGCAAACGCAUGGGUCAUACCGACCACGCUGCACAUCAUGUUCGCCGGAAUCAUCCUGAUCCUGUCCUUCUUCAACUUCGAAUCUCCUCGCUACCUGAUCAAGUGCGGAAAUGUUGAACACGCCAUAAGAAAUCUCGCUCGCGUUCGAGGUCUCCCAUCAGACCACGAAGUCAUCAUCCACGAGAUCCGCGACAUCCAGCACCAGCUCGAAGAAGAGCAAGAAGCCACCAUGGGCCAAGGCGUGUUUGGCAUUCUCCGCGAGAUGUUCUGCAUGCCCAACAAUGCAUAUCGCCUGUACCUUGGUCUCGGCGUUCAACUCCUCUCGCAAUGGUCAGGCGCCGGCAGCAUCACCAUCUACGCCGCCGACUUUUUCGCUCUGCUCGGCACAAAAGGACAGAAUGAGAAGCUCUUCGCAACUGCCAUCUUCGGCGUGGUCAAAUUCGUCGCGGCAAUCAUGUGCGCCUUGUUUCUAGUCGACGUUAUCGGCAGAAAGCGUGCCCUGACAAUCGGCAUCAGCCUGCAAGCCCUUUCUAUGGCCUACGUCGCUGCCUUCCUCACCGCCGUGCCGAAUAUCGAGGAUGAGGGCUUCAAAUUCAACUCGAGCCAAAAGCGCGCGAGCAUCGGCGCUAUCGUAAUGAUAUAUCUUUCGGGCUUUGGCUGGGCCAUGGGAUGGAACAGCAUUCAAUACCUUAUCAACGCAGAAAUCUACCCCUUGCGAAUCCGAGCUCUUUCCAGCUCACUGGUAAUGUGCUUCCACUUCGUCAACCAGUACGGAAACAGCAAGGCCGUCCCAUCGAUGCUGCUGAGUACGACUGAUGGGGGUAUGUCGGCAAAGGGCACAUUCUGGUUCUUCUUCGCCAUCACGGCGCUCGGGGGCGUAUGGGUGUGGUUCACUAUCCCCGAGACGGCAGGUUUGUCGCUCGAAGCUAUGGACCGUCUGUUCAGUUUGCCGUGGUACAAGAUUGGAAUCCAGGGACGCAAGCAUGCCGACAUUCAGGUGCAGGCGGAAAGGGAGAGACAGCUUGCAGAGAAGCCUGGUGCUGCGGAGGUUGAGGUAAUUGAUUCGGACAAGAGGGUCUGAAAUUGGUGAAUACUGCGACAGCCCCUACAGGGAAAUCUGCUCAGGGUCCGAGGAAUCAGCUGGCUCGGACUCUUGGGACUGUCUGAUAUGAAAGGAGUCAGUGGUAGUCCAAGGGGAAAAAGGAAGGGGAUGACCAUAAGGCUGUACUAGGCCCGAUUAGUAAAAGUCAUACAGCCUUGGGCUUGCUUAUCACGUGAUGAGGCUCCGAAGUGUGAGGGCCGACUGAUAAUCCUCGACUUAAGCUGGAA